CGCGUGUGUUUGUUGCACGGGGAGGGUGAGGAGUUGAAAGCGCCGUCCAACACGUGAGGCUCAUGUGACGGUGUCGAGUCUGUGUCUCCAGCCGAAGAGAGACGUGCCUGCAGUCACAGGGUUUAUUUAACACGUAGUCAAAACCCACCCAGCUCCCUCACACACUCAGCCGCGCGCGGAUCCUCCCCAGACCGACGAGCGAGUCCGGACCUUUCGGGUGGCAACACUGCGCACUGCCCCAAAGACUCGCAGCUCACAGCGGGGGAAACGCACACGCACGCUGGAUAACAGGAGAUACUAUUUUUUUUCUUCGUUUUUCUAUUUUUGUGCGCGUGUGAUUUUUUUUUAAAUUAUUCCCCCCACCCUCCCCCCUCCUCAGUUUCGAAGUGCGUUUCCAAGAGAUAUACAUUUGGAACAUUUUUUGGAGGCUUUUUCGUUUCUUCUUCUCCCCCCCCCCCCCCUUCCCUUCCCCUCCCCGUCCCCCUCCUCAACCCCCCCCCCCCCGAAAUUUCUUCGGGUUUCACGGUUGAGCAACAUGGAGAGGAUUACCAGCGCGCAACCGUCACUGGAUAUAGCUGACAUGCAAGGAAUCGAUUUUUCCAUGUAUGUGUACAAACCCAGGAGGGGCGUGAAGCGCGGGGAUGACAGCAAGGAGACUUACAAGUUGCCCCACCGGCUGAUCGAAAAGAAAAGACGCGACAGGAUCAACGAAUGCAUCGCCCAGCUGAAGGAUCUGUUGCCAGAGCACCUCAAGCUCACAACGCUGGGUCAUUUGGAGAAAGCCGUGGUGCUGGAGCUCACCCUGAAGCACGUGAAAGCCCUGAGCGGCAUCCUGGAGCAGCAACAGCAGAAGAUCAUGGCGCUACAGAACGACCUGCAGAUUGGUGAUCACGGAGGCGGCGGCGCGGAAAGCGGUGAGGAGAUGUUCCGCUCCGGUUUCCACUUGUGUGCGAAGGAGGUCCUCCACUAUCUGGCCAGCCAAGAAAGCAGCAGGGACCUGACCCCCUCCCACGUCAUCAGCCACAUCCAAAAGGUCGCGGCGGAAGUCCUGCAUCACCAGAGCAGUCCGGACGAGUCCGCCCCUCAAGCGUCGGAGAACCCGAAGAAGCAGCACGCCGGGGAGCCCAAGCGGGCGUCCGAGGGCUCCGCCAAGAACUGUGUCCCCGUCAUUCAAAGGACUUACCCCCACGUGGCGGGGGAGCUGAGCGGCAGCGACACGGACACCGACAGCGGAUACGGUGGGGAGCAUGACAAGCGCGACGCCAAAGCCCAGUGGUCAGAGAGCCACGCAAAGGAGGGGGAGCGCAGGCGGGCCGCAUCCGAGGCGGCCGGCGCCAUCAAGCAGGAGGGCGAUGAGCCCCGGGCCAAGAAGUCGAGGCCCGACACCUCGGAGGACGAGGUUCUCUCCGGUCACGUGGCGGGAGGCCCCGGCGGCUACAUGAGCUUCAGCCCCAACCAGCCCCCAUUCUGCCUCCCCUUCUACCUCCUCCCCCCUGCGGCCGCAGCUGCAGCGGCCUACCUGCCCAUGCUGGAGAAGCACUGGUACCACGGGGGCAUGCCGGUUAUGUACCCGGGCAUGGGAUGCUCUGCGGCGAGCAUGACCCCGGAGACAGCUGCCUCAUCUCUGGUGAUGUCCCCGAGGGCGGGGUCUCCAGCGUCCUACCAGAACCCCAUGGACUCCCCUGCUCUGCACAAAGCUUUAAAGCAGGUCCCCCCAUUGAACCUGGAAACCAAAGACUGAUCACAUGUGUUUCUGUUGGAAUCUUGCCCUCUGAAUGUUGAUGCGGUUGAAAAAAGGGUGAAAAAAACAACAACAACAAAACAAAAACCUCAGAAACAAGCUCUGGUAUCCUUUAAAACCACAGCCGUUGUUCGGCCCAUCAGAACAUUGCCCCCCCCCCCCCCCCCCCGGCGACGACCACAAGAGAGUCACUGUCGCCUAUCAUCGGCCCCUCGCACACUGAAACCAAACUUUUAGGGCCCCCCCCCCCCGGUCCCCCAGCCGCACAGCUCUGAAACACUGUGAAGAAGAUCAGUUGAAAAGACGAUGAGCGCAAGAAGUCACGAGAGGUGUUUUUAUUCCGUUGUUUUUGUUGUUUUUCAGUGAGCUUCUCUGCACUCGGUGUUGAAUGUCCGAGGUGAACACAGAAUGUAAGACUCCGAGAAGCCCCCCCCCCCUCCCCCCUCCCCUACCCCCGAAGCUGAUUUGGACCUACUUAGUUUUGCACACCACUCUGUAUUGAAUGUAAAGAUUGAACAAAAAGCCCCCUGGAGAUGCUGCUCGAAUAUUUUUUUGACCUGCUGUUGAUCCGUGAACGGAGGAUCCAUUUUUAAGCGUUGGUCGCUCCAGCAGCUGCAGCGAACCGACGUUGAGGCAAGAAUGUUACCAAAAAAAAACAAAAAAAAAAACAGAAAAUGUUGAUGAGAGACGUCACAAAGGACACUCGAGGCCACGAUCCCUCAAUUACCUCGCAGCCGAGAUGAACUGUGUUCCCGGCGUCCCAAGAAUUCAGGGUGUUGUCACGGUACGAGGUGUGCGUCGUCUAUUUAAAAAAAAAAAAAAAGAAAAAAAAAAAGAAGAAGAAAAAAAAAAA